AUGAGCACACUAUCUCGCGUGUGUGAUGGCGGGGGCGGGGCGUGGAGGCAGAGCGAGACGGAUCCAUCCUGUGGGGCUGGUGGCAACACCGACGACUGCCGCAGCGCCUGUGCCGGCGUCGCAGCAACCGGUGGUGGAGCUACACUCACCGGAGGCGCGGGCGGAGAUGUUGCGAGUGGUUCGGGGGCUCUUCCCCGAUCGCUACGAGUGGCCCGGGCUCAUGGUGGAGAUAAUUCGCAUGGCCACGCUCGAGGAGCGAGAUCGAUUCUGCGGGGACGACGGCGGAAUGGACUACGAGUUGAUUUUCUGGGCAAUACAGGAGGCGGAGGUGGCGGAUCCAAUCCAGGCGGCGCGGUGGCGCAGGUUCAAGGCGAUGAGCCCAUCCCGGCUCAAUAUUCGUCCGCCGCCGGUGUUGGAGAUGUCGCGACUUCCUCCAGAUGCGUUGCUGCCGGGAACCAGUCCGCCGCGCUUCCCCUGAAGACCCGCGACCCUGGCAGACGCCGCCGGAUUCGGGGGUGUUGGGCGGGUGAGGAGCUGCAGCGCAGCUUGGAACCACCGCCUUGGCCAGGGGAUCGUGGUGUGGUUCCUCCACAUCUACACCAGGGACGCACAUGGAGAGGUUUGGGCUGCGUUCUUGUCAAACUAAGAGGGAUUUUGCAACUAUGGAUGGUUCUCUGCGACACUGCUCAAAUGGACGUCCUGAAGAGGUUCAUCUUGCUGUUGGACAAGCAUCGAGGGGAGCUACUAAGGAUUGCGUGGAUCCAAGCCUCUGAUUAGUUCUUUUCCUUUGCUUGGUUGUAAUAUAAAAGAAGUUAAGCCUGAUCCAAGUAUGAUGUGGUUGUGUUCAUGCGUUGGUUGUAAGGGCUUCUGGCCUGGGAGUUAUUCAGGACAUGUCCUUUUAGGUCAUGCCUGGGGUUGCUGGGUGGAAGUAGAUGUUUUCUUCUCUGCUGCUGGUAGUGUAAUAACUUUGGCUGCUUCGUUACAAUAAAAUGAGGCAGGGGGAGACCCCUUUUAUUCAAAAAAAAACACUAUCUUUUGUCGGUUCCAACUUUUUCUCUCUCGUCAACCGCCUUGCACAGGCAAUCGGGAGGCGAACUUCUCUGCCUCCUCUCUUCUUCAGCGAGGCUGUGGGUCCUCCGCCCCUUCGGUGGUCCGAGGGGCUGGGGACCCGGCGACUUCACUCCGGCUACUAGAUAGGAAGGCUUAGUAUUUCUUGGAGGCGUUGCAAUGGUGGUGGAAUCAACGCCGCGUCGGAACAAGUUGGCUCUGCUUCUUCCCCACCCUGGUGAUGCUUCAAUUGGCAGCACCAGGAAGCAGGUAGCCUCUGUGUCUCAUCGGACUUUGGUUUUGACGAUGUUAGGUUGUCAUGGCUGAUGCUUGGCGUCUUCUCAGGCGACAACGUCGGCUAGUGCUGAGUAUGCAGGUGCCUUGGAGCGUGGUGUGUGGAUGGCGGCUUGCGGCGAUGUUCUUCUUCUCCGAUCAUUUUGGAUGAAGAUAACGCUGUCAGGAUCUGACAGACUUGGGGAUGAUCCCCGACCGGCGUGCCACAAAGACUCGGUUCCAUCGCCUCCUGCAGGCCGUUUAAUCGGUUUACAAAGCAGCAUGAUCUGCAAUGGAGUUCUUUCAAAUCUGGUGUCAAGAUUGCUCGCGUCUUUCUCCGGUGGUGCCAUGGUGACAGCAGUGAUCGACGAUGGGCGAUGACUAGAUUGGGCGUAUGGAUCUUCAAGACACUGGGCCCUCUGUUUGUCUCAUGGAGUGAACACAUAUGUACUCAGUGUAAUUUAUUUGUUUAAUGACAUGUGGUAAUUUCUUUAAAAAAACACUAUAAAAUACUUCCUCCAUUCCAUAAUGUAGUGCAUAUAGAUUUUUUGAAAAAGCAAACUUCGACGAAGUUCAUAGA